AUGCGGAGCUGCGAGCCGCUUUGCUUUGCCGGAGGCUCCGGCUGCGGCUCCUCUCCCAAGAAACCGCGUGGCCGGAGCAUCUUCAAGGCCCUUUUCUGCUGCCUCCGGGCCGGGGGCGCCGGGGGCUGCGGGGCUGAGCACGGGGUCUGCAAAGAGGAGCCCGGCCCUGUGGCCAAGUCGGAUCUCUUGCCGUGUCUCCAGUACCAGUUCUACCAGAUCCCUGGGCCCUGCCUGCUGCCCGAGGCGACGCAGCAGGACCAGGGCCGCAUCUGCGUGGUCAUCGACCUGGACGAGACGCUGGUGCACAGCUCCUUCAAGCCCAUCAGCAACGCCGACUUCGUGGUGCCCGUGGAGAUCGAGGGGACCACGCACCAGGUCUACGUGCUCAAGCGGCCCUUCGUGGACGAGUUCCUGCGGCGCAUGGGCGAGCUCUUCGAGUGCGUCCUCUUCACGGCCAGCCUGGCCAAGUACGCGGACCCCGUGACCGACCUCCUGGACCAGCGCGGCGUUUUCCGGGCUCGGCUCUUCCGGGAAUCGUGCGUCUUCCACCAGGGAUGCUACGUGAAGGACCUGAGCUUGCUGGGCCGCGACUUGCACAAGACCCUCAUCCUGGACAACUCGCCGGCCUCCUACAUCUUCCACCCCGGCAACGCGGUCCCCGUGCAGUCCUGGUUCGAUGACAUGGGCGACACGGAGCUGCUCACCCUGCUGCCCAUCCUGGAGGAGCUCAGUGGCGCCGAGGACGUUUACGCCAGCCUGGGCCAGCUGCGGGCGCCCUAGGGUGCCGGCCCCGCUCCGCCGGGGACCCUUCACUCAGUGCCUUGGA